AUGGCUUUCGCUUUAAAAAAACCUCAAGGUAUUCCAUCUGUAGUAUUCAAAUCGCACUUUUUAUCUCUUGGUAGCAUGCGUGCAAGCUACAAAGAAAUUACAGAAUCGAUUAUCUCGAACGGCGUGAUAACUCUAAUAACUGUUUUACUACUUAUCAGUAAAUAUCUGUGGUGCGAAGGUUUUCAUGCAACAGUCUUGACUAGAAAAGGCCAUUUGAACAUUCGCGGCACACUUGUACUGACUAAAAGCCAUAUGGGGUAG